GGCGGCUGACGGGUCCACGAUGGCGGCCACGGCUGCCUCACCGGCGCUGAAGCGGCUGGACCUGCGCGACCCCGCGGCGCUCUUCGAGACGCAUGGAGCUGAGGAAAUCCGCGGCCUGGAGCGCCAGGUUCGGGCCGAGAUCGAGCACAAGAAGGAGGAGCUGCGGCAGAUGGUGGGCGAGCGGUACCGCGACCUGAUCGAGGCGGCCGACACCAUCGGCCAGAUGCGCCGCUGUGCCGAGGGGCUGGUGGACGCCGUGAGGGCCACCGACCAGUACUGCGCCCGCCUCCGCCAGGCUGGCCCGGCCGCGCCCCGGCCGCCGCGGAGCCCGGAGCCACCACAGCCAUCACAGGAGAAGUUUUAUAGCAUGGCUGCCCAGAUCAAGCUACUGCUAGAAAUCCCUGAAAAAAUCUGGAGCUCAAUGGAGGCCUCUCAGUACCUCCAUGCCACACAGCUCUACCUGCUCUGCUGCCACCUUCACAGACUGCUCCAUCUGGAUUCUUCCGGCUCCGCAUGCAGCCCUGUCCUCUCCCGGUUCCCUAUACUCAUACGGCAGGUGGCAGCAGCCAGCCACUUCCGGUCAGCCAUCCUGCAUGAAAGCAAGAUGCUGCUCAAAUGCCAAGCUGUGUCUGACCAAGCCGUUGCCGAGGCCCUGUGCUCUAUAAUGCUCUUGGAAGAGAGUUCUCCUCGCCAAGCCCUAACAGACUUCCUGUUGGCCAGGAAGGCAGCGAUCCAGAAACUUCUCAACCAGCCGCACCAGGGUGUUGGUACCAAGGCUCAGAUUUGCUCGUUAGUGGAGUUGCUGGCCACCACUUUGAACCAAGCCCAUGCCCUUUUCUACAGUUUACCAGAAGGUCAGCUGCCAGAUCUGUCGCUGCCAUGUGGCUUGCUCUUCUCCACUCUGGAGACCAUCACAGGCCAGCAUCCUAAUGGAAAAGGCAUCGGUGUUCUGCAGGAGGAGAUGAAGCUGUGCAGCUGGUUCAGACACCUGCCAGCAUCCAUCGUCGAGUUCCAGCCAGCUCUUCGAACGCUAGCACACCCCAUCAGCCAGGAAUACCUGAAGGACACGCUGCAGAAAUGGAUCCACAUGUGUAAUGAAGACAUUAAAAGUGGCCUCACCAACCUGCUUAUGUACGUGAAGAACAUGAAAGGCCUUGCUGGGAUCCGGGAUGCCAUAUGGGAAUUGCUCACCAAUGAGUCCACCAAUCACAGCUGGGAUGUGAUAUGCCGGCGGCUUCUGGAGAAGCCGCUCUUGUUCUGGGAGGACUUGACACAGCAGCUGUUCCUCGACCGAUUACAGACUCUGAUGAAAGAAGGCUUUGACUCCAUCUCCAGUAGCUCCAAAGAGCUCCUGCUUUCAGCUUUGCAGGAGCUUGAAUCCAGCGCCGACAACUCCACUCCCAAUAAGCACAUCCACUUUGAGCACAACAUGUCUCUCUUCCUCUGGACAGAGAGCCUGAACGACCUGCCUCCUGAUGCUGCCUGGAUCAACGUGGCCAACCGGGCCCAGUUCGCCAGCACUGGCCUCUCCAUGAAAGCUCAUGCUGUCAGUCCUGGUGUGCAAAGCUUCUGUUCUGCCCUAGAUUCCAAACUGAAGGUUCAACUGGACGACCUCCUGGCUUACCUGCCCCCUGAUGACGUGUCGCUGCCCAAGGACGCCUCACCCCAGAACUCUGCCUUUGACCGGUUUGCAGAUGCUGGGACUGUGCAGGGGAUGCUGCAGACGCACUCGGUGGCCUGCAUCCAGCACAUCGUGGCCUGCAUCCACACCGAGCUGCAGGGCGUCGAGGAGAUCACACUCAGGCAGCAGGGGGUCCUCACCGAUGUCAGGCUGCACGCCGUCCUCUUCAUGGCCAGGCUCUGCCAGUCCCUGGGAGAACUGUGUCCCCACCUGAAGCAGUGCAUCUCGGGAAGAUCAGGGGGCUCGGAGAAGCCAGCCAGGGAGCCGAGGGCACUGAAGAAACAGGGAAAGGGGAAAGCCCAGGAGAUGAUGCCUUUGCAGACCAAGUGGCAGGAAGUGAAAGGACUCCUGCUGCAGCAGAGCGUGACAGCAUACCGGGUCUGGAGCUCAGCAGUUGUGAAAGUUUUGGUUCAUGAAUUCACUCAGUCAUUACUGUUAGAUGAUGCUGGCUCAGUCCUGGCCACAGCCACCAGCUGGGACGAACUAGAAAUUCAGGAGGAGACGGAGUCCGGCAGCAGUGUCACAUCCAAGAUCCGACUCCCUGUGCAGCCAUCCUGGUACGUACAGUCCUUCCUGUUUAGCUUAUGCCAGGAAGUUAAUCGGGUGGGAGGCCAUGCCCUGCCAAAGGUGACCUUGCAGGAGAUGCUGAAAAGCUGUAUGGUUCAAAUAGUAGCUGCCUACGAGAAACUUGCAGAGGAAAAACAGACUAAGAAAGAAGGUGCAUUUCCAAUAACCCAGAACCAGGCCCUGCAGCUCCUUUAUGACCUGCGUUACCUCAGCAUCGUUCUGACAGCCAAGAGUGAGGAGGUGAAAAGUGGCCGCAGCAAGCAGGACUCCAGAACUGAGAAAGUGACCGACUACUUGGAGGCGCUCAUUGAUCCUUUUGACCUGGAUGUUUUCACGCCACACCUCAACAGCAACCUCAAUCGCCUGGUCCAGCGCACCUCUGUUCUGUUUGGACUGGUGACUGGUACCGAGAAUCAGUUCACCCCAAGGAGCAGUACAUUCAACUCUCAAGAACCCCACAACAUCCUGCCACUGGCCACCAGUCAUAUCAGGUUUGGACUUCUCCCACUGAGUAUGACAAGCACUCGGAAGGCCAGGUUAACCAGCAGAGGAGCCGAAACAAAAGCCCAGGUUGUACCCCCGGCUCUCCCCAGGGCAGAUGACCCGAUGCAUCCCGGCUCCUUGUUCAGACAGCUUGUCAAUGAGGAGGAAGACACGUCCACGCCGUCAUUAUUCAAACUCGGUUGGCUCUCGAGUAUGACUAAAUAG